CACUUUCGCCCAAAGAUUACGAAAAAGGAGCGAGCGCGUCGAACUUCGAGGACCGUGCGCGCUGACGUCACGAGUCGAGGCGCGGCGCUUCGGGGCCGCGAGGGGGCGUCGCCUGCGGGCGGGUAUAAAAGGGUCGCGGUGCGCGCGCGGCCGGCUCAGUGCGGCCGGCACCGGGGUUGAGCGUACCUGUGGACGCUGUGCGCAGUGGGCGUCGGAGGCGGCGGGGAGCGGAGCGGAGCCGCUGGGGCCUAGCCAGGGCCGAAGCGGCAAUAGUUGGGCCCCCCGCCCCGGCCGGCGGCUCAGAGAACGCAAGAAGGGGGCCGGGGGGACCCGCCCCCGGCCGACCGCAGUCAUGAACUCCAACGUGGAGAACCUGCCCCCCCACAUCAUCCGCCUGGUGUACAAAGAGGUGACGACGCUGACCACGGACCCGCCUGAUGGCAUCAAGGUUUUUCCCAAUGAAGAGGACCUCACCGACCUGCAGGUCACCAUCGAGGGCCCUGAGGGGACCCCGUACGCCGGAGGCCUGUUCCGCAUGAAACUCCUGCUGGGGAAGGACUUUCCUGCCUCCCCGCCCAAGGGCUACUUCCUGACCAAGAUCUUCCACCCGAAUGUGGGUGCCAAUGGCGAGAUCUGCGUCAAUGUGCUCAAGAGGGACUGGACGGCUGAGCUGGGCAUCCGGCAUGUGCUGUUGACCAUCAAGUGCCUGCUGAUCCACCCCAACCCCGAGUCCGCCCUCAAUGAGGAGGCGGGCCGCCUGCUCUUGGAGAACUACGAGGAAUAUGCGGCCCGCGCCCGCCUGCUCACAGAGAUCCACGGAGGCGCUGGUGGACCCAGCAGUGGGAGGCCCGAGGCCAGCCGAUCCCUGGCCAGUGCAGCCUCGGCCUCCUCCACCGACCCCCUGGCCCCGGGGGGUCCUGGAGGGGCUGAGGGGCCCAUGGCCAAGAAGCAUGCAGGCGAGCGCGACAAGAAGCUGGCGGCCAAGAAGAAGACGGACAAGAAGCGGGCUCUGCGGCGGCUGUAGUGGGUGCUUCCCUCCCCACACCUGCCCGACCCUCAACUCUGUCUCUAAGUUAUUUAAGUUAUGGCUGGGGUGGGGGAGGGCAUGGGCACGGGGAUCUGGAUUUGUUUUUCUAAAUAAAGUUGGAAAAGCAAGC